AGCGGAUUUCCGGCGCUUGAUUGAUGAGCAGUGACUGGACAGCAUGGUCAGUUCACUUUAACGAGAGCUUGUGACAAGCGCACAUAAUCUGAUCACUGCACAGCACGGAAGUAAUAAGCUCACACGUCACUGCAGAGGGUUCAGAGUAGAGAAGUAAAUACCUGAAUCCAUGAAUAAUGGACGAACGUACUACGGAUCUAUUGUAGAGCUUACCUAUUUUCACUGUCCACACAGCCGCAGACUCGUGGGGCGACGGCCAAGAUCAUCGUCCCAGAAUCGUUGCAUCCAGCUCCAGGCAGACUCGCCUGCACGGACAUCGGGAGUAGACAGAUCCCUCAAAUCCGAAGACGGCGAACAUGGAGCCAUUUACUUUCGCGAGCUCUUCAGACUUACAUGUCCCUAUAGGAGUGAAGGUGAACCGCCUAGAUGGAUAUGAAAAGCCGUUGGCAUACUCAAAGCUACUCAAGAGGCCUGAUCUACGGCAUCGUGGCAGCAAUUUGAGUCCUAAUUCCGAACUCUACGUGACCGUACAACCUUUCGCCGACUCGAAGCCCUUGACAGUGCAUUCGCAGACACCCUACAAGCAUUUCAAGAAUGGGCGCAUAUGGAAUCAGUGGUUGACUUUGCCACUCAAUUACAGUACAUUGCCGGCUAACGCUCAGCUUGCUAUCACAAUAUGGGACAUUUCACCUGUCAAUGCCACAGGAGUUGAAAAAAACCAUCACAUUCCCUUUGGGGGGACAACGAUAGCGCUAUUCGACGAAGAUGGCACUCUCCGAACAGGACGGCAGAAGUGCAAAAUCUGGCGUCACAAAACCGCCGAUGGAUUUUCAGACACAACCACACCCUGGCAAGAAACUCGGAAACGAGGCCGACGUGGUCAGCCUGAAGCCAGCAACUCUAUCAACGAGAAGCAAAGCAAUCGAGACACUGAAGUUGCCCGUCUCCUCGAGGCCAUGAAAAGGUUCGAAAGUGGCGACAUCCCUGAAGUCAAGUGGUUAGAUCAAAUGGUUUAUCGGCAGAUGGAGAAAUUGGAGCGCCAGCAAACAAAAGAUCUAGCCCACACCAAGAACCUCACAAAUCAUUCAGAGAAAGCGACAGGAGAGCUUCGGACGGGCGACGUGCAGAGCGCAUCACCAUGUGCCGAAGGAGAUGCUGACCAUAUCGACGGAGUCUUUUUUCUUUACAUCGACUUGCCAAGAUUCGACCACCCGAUAGUCUUUACUGAUCAUGAAUACCCAGCACCGCCCGUCUCAUCCGUUCCUACGACUCACAUACAGAACACAGCAGGUGUCAAUUUGAAACCGCCGCCUGAGGUGCAACUUGGACCAGGCAUUCAGACGGACCACAGCGACGGCGAUGCCGGAGGCAAAUUAUUCAACAUUUACGAUCCCGAAAUAGGGUUUGGCGACAAUCCGGCAGAAUACAAGCACCGACGACUGCUGCGCGGCCAACGUGACGCUGUAGACAAAGAUUUAAAGCCCAAUCCAAAGAUGCGGGAUUUCCUGAACAAAGUUAUGAUGUACGGCCCUACCGUCGAGCUCAGCGACAAAGAGAGAGAUGAGGUCUGGAGGUUCAGAUACCAUUUGUCUGGGAACAAACGUGCGCUCACCAAAGUCGUCAAAUCAGUCAAUUGGGGAGAGCAAGCUGAAAGUCGUCAAGCCAUUGCCCUGUUGCCAAGAUGGGCUGAGAUUGACGUCGAUGAUGCUUUAGAGUUACUGGGCCCGAGUGUGCAAAACCCAUCGGUCCGGGCGUAUGCUGUCGACCGACUGCGAAAAGCAGAUGAUGAAGAGUUACUACUAUAUCUCCUCCAGCUUGUACAGGCCCUCAAAUUCGAGCCUCAAAGGACAAAUGCGGAGGAUGAAACCGACUCAUCCCUCGCAUCUUUCCUCAUUGCUCGAUCGGCUGCCAACCUCAAGCUGGGAAAUUUCCUGUACUGGUAUCUCAUGGUCGAGUUGCAGGCCGAUACCGACUCCGGGACAACGGCGUCUGCCAACAAAAAGCUCUUCGCGCGCGUUAGUUUCGAUUUCAUGAAGGAGCUUGAUGCAAGUCCAGAAGGUCAGGCUCGCCGAAAGAUUCUCUUGAGACAGGGAGAACUUAUCACAAUCUUGAGUAAAAUAAGCAAAGACAUCCGCAUUCUGAAAGGUGACCGGCCGCGCAAAAUUGAGCAAUUGAAGAAGAUGUUGGCGGAUCCCAAGAACGAACUUCUUCGUCUCGACCCGCCACUUCCGCUCCCACUAGACCCGAAGUUUGAAAUCACUGGGAUCAUUCCUAACGAAAGUAACGUCUUCAAAUCAUCACUGCUACCGCUACUGCUCAACUUCAAGACUACUUCCGGGGAAAAGUACUCACUCCUUUUCAAAACUGGAGAUGACCUCCGUCAAGAUCAAUUGAUAAUACAAAUCAUCGCCUUAAUGGACCGCCUUCUCCUCAAUGAGAACCUCGACCUCAAACUUACCCCAUACCGCAUCCUGGCAACGUCGACACUUGCUGGUGCAGUUCAAUUCGUCCCCUCCACCACUCCGCUCUCGGUCAUCCUCCAGAGUCCAAAGUACAAGGGUUCUAUUCUAGGAUUUCUUCGCGCCCACAGUCCUGCCGUUGCGGGCUCUCCAGCAAUUCUGGGGGUACGGAAAGAGGUCAUGGACACGUAUGUCAAAUCUGUCGCGGGCUACUGUGUGGUCACGUACCUGCUCGGCGUUGGUGAUCGGCAUCUUGAUAAUUUACUCCUAGCCGAGGACGGUCAUUUCCUGCACAUCGACUUUGGAUAUGUUCUGGGCCGAGAUCCCAAGCCCAUGGCGCCUUUGAUGAAGUUGUCUCGGGAAAUGGUGGACGGCAUGGGUGGAGACUCUGUAUCCUCUGCAGAGUCGCAGUUUGAUGAAUUCCGACAAUAUUGCUUCACGGCCUACACGACGCUCCGCAGGAGCAGCUCUUUGAUCCUCAAUCUGUUCUCUCUCAUGCAGGACGCAGGGAUUCCAGGACUCGCAAUAUUCGGUGGAGGAAAUCAGGCAGUCAGGAAAGUAGAGGAGAGGUUCAAAUUAGAUGUGAGCGAGGACGAAGCGGUGAGAUUUUUUGCACAGAUGAUUGACAAGGAGAUGGGAGCCUGGGGACCUGUGUUGAUUGACAAGUUGCACGGAUUCACGCAGACCUGGCGAUCUUGAUGUGAAGGAUAUUUCAACGUGUUCUGUAAAAAGCGUCCAUGUCAUUGCAUUACCUGCUCGAGUAGGACGUCGUACGAGAGCAUCAUCACUAGUCGCUACUACGUAAAGCACUAAGUAGCGAUCUCGGCGCACCGAGUUGCUAAUCAUUGGCGUGUCAAGUCAAGAUACCCCAGCCAACAGGUCGUUACC